AUGGCCGGUAACUUUGUUAUAUUGGGUGGUCUUGAUAAAAAGAUCCACCUUGAACAAAAUCGCCACCCUUGCCCCAAAUGCAAGCACGAAGCGUCAGUACAACUCACUCGUUGCGAGACACAGCUUAUGGUGCUCAACAGAGCCAUUGGAAAGCCUAACAACAUGCGUGUCCGCUACGAAUGCAGCGAGUGCGGCUGGAAAAAUGAAAAUCUUCCAGACAAUCCAAAUAUGACUCAAGAGCCCGGGAACCCCAGCUAUGAAUUUCAUUCGGACUCAACUGCUUCUUCUGGUUUCUAA